CGAUUCUUGUUUGGGAAUUGUUCCAAGAAUGUUUGUAUGAUUGGUGGCCGAAGCUCUGGUGGAAAUUUGGUAUUUCUCCGGCGAGAUUUUGGUACUUGCAGAGCGGUUCCGGCUAAAUCCAAGGAGAAUUCUCUGGUCAAUGGUAUUGGUCAAGAUAAAACAGUGAUGCUCAAUCUGAGGCAAGAGUCACGAAAGCCGAUAUCUUUGGAAAAUCUGUUUGAGGUAGUAGCUGAUGAUUUGCAGAGGUUGAACGACAAUCUUUUAUCGAUUGUUGGUGCUGAAAAUCCGGUUUUGAUAUCUGCUGCUGAGCAAAUCUUCAGUGCUGGUGGCAAGAGGAUGAGACCGGGUUUGGUAUUCCUUGUAUCACGAGCCACUGCGGAAUUAGCAGGCUUAAAGGAACUUACAGUAGAACAUCGGCGUUUAGGUGAGAUCAUUGAGAUGAUUCACACCGCAAGUUUGAUUCAUGAUGAUGUGUUAGACGAAAGUGAUAUGCGAAGAGGAAAAGAAACGGUUCACGAGCUUUUCGGAACAAGAGUAGCUGUAUUAGCUGGAGAUUUCAUGUUUGCUCAAGCAUCAUGGUACUUAGCAAAUCUCGAAAACCUCGAAGUCAUUAAGCUCAUAAGUCAGGUGAUCAAAGAUUUUGCAAGCGGUGAGAUAAAGCAAGCAUCGAGUUUAUUCGAUUGUGAUGUCGAGCUUGAUGACUACUUGCUAAAGAGUUACUACAAGACAGCUUCAUUAGUAGCUGCAAGCACCAAAGGAGCUGCAAUUUUCAGUAAAGUCGAAAGCGAGGUCGCAGAGCAAAUGUAUCAGUUCGGGAAGAAUCUCGGUUUAUCUUUUCAAGUAGUUGAUGACAUUCUGGACUUCACUCAGUCAACAGAGCAGUUAGGGAAACCUGCAGCUAAUGACUUAGCCAAAGGUAACAUAACAGCGCCAGUGAUCUUCGCGCUAGAGAAUGAGCCGAGGCUAAGAGAGAUCAUUGAGUCUGAGUUUUGUGAGCCUGGAUCGCUUGAAGAAGCGAUUGAAAUAGUUAGAAAUCGCGGUGGGAUCAAGAAAGCUCAAGAAUUGGCUAAGGAGAAAGCUGAGCUUGCGUUAAAGAAUCUGAAUUGUCUUCCUAGAAGUGGUUUCAGAUCGGCUCUUGAGGAUAUGGUGAUGUUUAAUCUUGAAAGGAUUGAUUAGCUUCAAAGGGUAUUUGGCAGAGGAAACUGUAACACUCUUUACUUGUUUCAAACUUCAAACACAGAAUUUUUUUACUGUAUGUCACAAAGGAAUAAUAAAAAAAUUCAUGCUUA